AGUUCAUGAGGUUUUGGAUUAUUUGCAGUUAAAUUAAUAUUUAAAGUUAAUAAUAGGUAUUAAUGGUUAAUAGAUUAAAAACAAAGCUGAGAGUAUAAAUAGAGAUUGUUAAGGUUUUAAAAAGAUAUGUCAGCGGUGGUCAGUAUUAACUUCGGCGAUAAAACAAAAUUAAUUUAAUUCAUUAGUACCUAACAAUUAGGUUAUAUGAUAGAGAAACUUUGAUUAUACUUGAAAUCGUUGUUGAGAGUGCCGUUUAAAAAAACUUUAUUAAAAUGAAAUGGCAUGUUGAAUCUUCAUUUAUAUCAGCUUAUUGUUGUACGGGUUUUAUUCGGUUCUACCAGGUAAACGACCUGGAUCCAAAGUAAUAUUUCACAAAGGUUACAAGUAUGCCCGCGAUUCAAACUCCCUCAUGAUUUUUCGGUGCUCAAAAAGAAGAGCUGGUUGUAAUGCAUACCUGCAUUUGAUUGAUCCAAUUGACGAUAUUGAUGAGUGUCUGCAACUAGAUGAUGAUGAAGAUUGUGCUGUGGAAAAAGAACAUAAUCAUCCCGAAGAACCUUAUGGUGGGGAUUGGAGUGAUCUGUUACAGAUAAUGAAAAAGCGCAGCAGAGAAACGAAUGACGGUCUCAGAGAAAUAUUCGACGACGUGUGUCGCCCGUUCCCAGAAAUUACUGCGAACUAUAACUUCGACUCUUGCUCCAGUAUAUUAUCGAGAGAAAGACAAAAACAUCGACAAAAUAUUCCCUCUACUCUCCAUGAACUAGGUACAAUAUUGUGUAAAGAAAAAAUUGCAGCUGCUCACGUAUCUUCAGAUGGUCAAUCUGCCAUAAUUUUCACAACCAAAAAGUUAUUGGAGGUUCUAGACCAAUCAAAUGAUAUUUUUAUGGAUGGAACAUUUGAAAAUUCAUCCCGCAAGCCUAAAGUACAUCAAGUAUAUACCAUCCUAGGAAAAUGCAGAGAUAUGUACAUUGCUACUGCAAUCGUUCUGAUGGAAAACAGAACCACAAAAAUAUAUAACGAAGUUUUUGAGUGGUUAAAAAACAACACUUCAUCUAUGAAGUUAAAUAAUAAACUAAUAUUUAUGAGUGAUUAUGAAAAAGCAACCAUAAAAGCUUUAAAAAAAAGUUUUCCGUUGGCUAAAGUUCAUGGUUGCUUUUUUCAUUAUUCCCAAGCUAUUGUAAAACGAUGGACCAAACUCAAACUAGAUAUUCCGGACAGAAUAUUAUCUAUGGUAUUAGCGAUACCAUUGUUACCAGCUAACAAAUUCUAUGAAGCUGAAGAAGUCAUUCGAAAUGAAAUUUUAGUAUAUAAUUUAUCUGCAAGGGACCCAAACAUUGCCAUAUUUAUGGAUUACUUACACAAAACCUGGAUAAUUAAUGCAAAUCACGUUAGUGUGUAUGAUUGUCCUAAUUUAAACAACGAUGGAUGUGAAAGUUUUAAUCGUCACAACAAAAACAAAUUAGGCGGUAAACAUCCGUGUAUUUGGACCCUCGUCGAUGGCAUCCAGAAAGCACUGAUGGAUGAAGAGAUUAAUUAUGAUAGAUUACUUACAAAUGCUAAAAAACCUAAGAGACGAACACCAAAGCAUGUUAUUGAUCGUCGUAAUUAUAUCAAUACUCUGAGAGAUGAAAUUGAUCAGGAGAAAAGUCGAUUCAAUGUAAAAACUUUUUUAUCCAUGACUCCUAGAUCAUUACGCGAACUUCAAUACACAUUAAAAAUGAUUAUUGGAAACAACAGUGAUGAGAUUGAUUGGGAUGAUUCGGUUCCUACAGACGUAGAUGAUUUUGUUAUUGAAUCACAAAAUGAAAACAUCAAUAGUAUUAAUUUACUUGAUGAAGUAGAAAGCCUCAUACCCGAAAGAUCAUGUAAUCCGUUUUUGCACAAAAGAUUAAAUAAACCACAAUUUAAACAGUUGGGAAAAAAAAGUAAUACGUCAAUUCAUACUUCAGAUGUCACCGAAACUAUCAUCAAUUCAUCUGUAAAAGCCAGCUCACUAGUCAGUCCAUAUUUUGCUCGUUCAGUUUCCACAAAUCCUGCUGAAAUUAUUACCGCACCAACGCAACUUCAUGUUCAUCCGUGUACUAUAACUUCUGGCGCAUUAGAUCAAAUUAAUGUUAUAAGUGAAAAAAAUGAACAAUCAACAUAUAAAGUUAAUGGUGAUAAAUUAAUUCAAAAUUGCUCGGUUUCUGCAAUCAUUAAUCCGUCCGUAGAAAUAAUAGCAUCAAAGUCUUCUAAUAAGUCUCUGCAAACUACGUUGAAAAAACCAGAACUUGAACAGUUGGGAAAAAAAAGUAAUAAGUCAAUUCAUACUUUAGAUGUCAACGGAACUAUCAGCAAUCCGUCAGUAAAAUCAAGCUCACUAGUUAGUCCAUAUUUUUCUCGUUCAGUUUCCACAAAUCCUGUUAAAAUUAUUACCGUACCAACGCAACCUCAUGUUCAUCCUUGUACUAUAACUUCUGGCGCAUUAGAGAAAAUUAAUGUCAUUAAUGAAAAAAAUGAACAAUUAAAAGUUGAAGUGGACAGUAAUGUAAAUAUUUUACGUUGUUCAGCUCCAUUAACAGAUAAAAAUCCAUCUUCAAAUGCAAGCUCACUAGUCGCUCCGCACUUAAAUCCAUUAAUUUCCACAUUACCAGUUACCGUUCCAAUGCAACCUCUAGUACUUCCACAUACAAUAAAUUCAAACUUAUUUGGACAAAUUAUAAGUGUAAGUAAAAAUAAACAACAAUUAACUGAAGACGAGAAUUUAAAACAAAUAUUGAUUAAUAAUAAGUGGGUCAUAAUUAAAAAAAAUAACGAUUCGUCUGACUUAAAGUACACGCCAACUAAAAAAAAAAAAAACUACAUUAACCACUUAUCAAAUGUAUUUAAGAGAAUAAAAAAGAAACCUAUGGCAAGUGAUAAAUGGCUGAAAGACAUUAAAAAGAAAAAGGGUAAAGCUAAAAAGAGAAUAAAAAAAUCUUAAUAAUUGAAAAAUUAUAAAUUUUUCUACAAUUAUAAAGUACUUUAUUACCUAAUAAAAACAUUAAAUUUAUUCAUUUAUUAUCAUAAAUAAUUACAUUAAUGUAUUGUUUUUUUUUUUUUGUUAUUUUCAUAAUUUUCAAAUAAUGUUUUAAUAAUUAAGUUUUGUGAUAUUUAAUUACUGCAUUGUAAUUAAUGUACUAAAAACAUUGAAAAAAAAAUAAA